AAAACUGACUUUAUACAUUUAUGCCUGCUCCAUUUGGAGAUAUUUCGUGUUCGUCCCUCCGUACUCCAUCCCCAAAUCUCAAAAUCAAAUCAUCCAUGGCCGCCGACGAUACCGACGCUGCUCCACGAUACCACACCAGAAUCACAUGCCUCGUGCUGCUCUCCUGCCUCAUGGCGGCCACCGGCGGCCUCCUCUUCGGCUACGACACCGGCGUCACUGGUGGAGUGACGUCAAUGGACGCUUUUCUGAAGAAAUUCUUCCCGACGAUUUACGCGAGGAUGGAAGAGGAAUCGGAUACCACCAGCAACUACUGCAAAUUCGAUAGCUUCCUUCUGACGUCCUUCACGGCGUCGAUAUACGUGUCCGGAUUUGUGGCCUCUUUUGUGGCUUCACGCGUGACGCCGAUGUACGGGCGGAAGGCGUCGAUCCUGGUCGGCGGAAUCGCCUUCGUCGCCGGAGCUGUACUUGGAGGAGCCGCCGAGAAUAUGUUUAUGCUGCUUUCCGGUCGGCUCCUGCUCGGCGUCGGAAUCGGCUUUGCCAAUCAGUCAGUUCCGCUGUACCUCUCAGAAAUGGCGCCACCAAAAUACAGAGGCGCUUUAAACAUAAGCUUCCAAGUCUUCGUAUCUUUCGGCUGCGGCGUAGCCUUCUUGAUCAACUGCGCCACCGUCACCGCCGCCGGAGACUGGGGGUGGCGGAUAUCGCUCGCCACCGCCACAUUCCCGGCCCUAAUCCUAGCCGUCGGAGCGAUAUUCCUGCCGGAGACGCCGAACAGCCUAAUCCACCGCGGCCGCGACAUUGACGAAGUCGAAACGCUACUACGAAAAAUCCGCGGCGCCGACGACGUCCGGGCGGAAUUAUCCGAUCUCGUUGCGGCCAGCCGGAACGCCGCCGCCGUGAAACGGCCGUUCAAGAGAAUACUCGAGCGGCGAUACCGUCCGCACCUCGUGAUGUCGGUGGCGAUCCCGUUUUUCCAGCAGAUGACGGGGAUCAACGUGAUCACGUUCUACGCGCCGAUUCUCUUCCGCACGAUCGGGUACGGCGAGAGCGCCGCGCUGGUCGCGACGGUCAUGAUCUCGGUGAUCGGGACGAGCAUGACCGCGCUGUCGUGCCUGAUCGUCGACCGGCUGGGGCGGCGGACGAUAUUCCACAUCGGCGGCAUUACGAUGCUCGUCACGCAGGUCGCGAUCGGGGCGAUCAUGGCAGCCGAGUUAGGGGACUACGGCGAGCCGAGCCGGGGCUCGACGACGGUUAUUCUCGUCUUGAUUUACGCGUACGUCGCGAGCUUCGGGUUCUCGUGGGGCCCGCUCGGGUGGCUCGUGUCGAGCGAGAUUUACCCGCUCGAGAUUCGGUCGGCGGCGCAGAGCAUAUCGGUCGGUACGAAUUUCUUCAUGAGCUUCGUCGUCGGGCAGACGUUUCUCGCGAUGUUGUGCCGGCUUAAGGCGGCGACGUUCUUUUUUUACGGCGGGUGGGUGGCGGUGAUGACGGUGUUCGUGUGGCAGCUGUUGCCGGAGACGAAGAAUAUUCCGAUCGAGAAGAUGAAUGCGGUGUGGAAGAAACAUAGUGUGUGGGGGAGGUUUGUGAACGAUGGCGGCUGCGAGGAAAGCAGCGAAGAAGACGGCCGUAUUGAAGAGCCGCUUCUUCGCUAAAAGAUGGUAGAGUUAUAUAUACCCUACCACGAAUACAAGAUUUGUAAUUUGAUAUAAAUGUAUUUAGAAUCGAUUUAUGUGUGUAUAAUUAGUAUAUUGUUAAUAAUGGAAUUAGAGGUUAUUAAAUAAAAUUGAUAAGUUCAAAUUGAUUAAUAUAAAU